GGUAGUUUUUCAGCAAAUAAAAAUAUACAUACACAAAGUUGUUGGAAUUUGAUGUUAUUUCACACAGAGAUGGCCGACCAACCGCGAAUGCAGCUGCCAGAAAAGCAAAUGAAGAUGUCUUCGACGUAUGCCACUGCUGGAAAUAAAGAUGUGGCAGCUUUGAAAGCCGAGUUGGAAAUCGAGCUAAAGAACAAAAAACAGUGUACGUACAAACCAUAUGAAUGCACUCAGUUGACUCUUGAUGGUUUCAACUACUGUCUAAAACACAUUCUUCAAGACAAAGCAGCUCCGUACAAACAGUGUUCGUACAUUUACGCGAGCAAUGGAAAGCGAUGUCAGCUCGCAGCUCCAAAAAUCGAAAAGAAAGAUUGCGGCUAUUGCAAUGAACAUGCAGUUAGAGCUACGUUGGCGAAAAAUAGACAAAACUCGAGAUAUCCACCACCGCAAACUGCUGAAGUACUUUUAUAUUCUGUGGGGCACUAUUUAAAAAAACCAAGGAAUAGGAGUGUGUCUGGAAGUACAGAUGAAUCGGAUAGAGUUACAGCUGAAGAUAGUGCUGAACCAAAAGCAACAAGAAGUUUAGACCCAUUUCGUGACAUUGAUGCAAAUAAUGUGUAUAACUCGUCGUGUAACAGUAUUUUAGAUUUUUGUAGUGAAUCAGACAGUGAUGUUGAAGCUUCAAAUUUUGCGUCAGUGUGGCAUGAUGCUCAAAAUGAUAGUUCUGAUAAUGAGAGUGUGGAUUCUGAUCAAGAGGAUGUUCUCAAACAUGCAAAUGUUUACACAGCAGAGGAAAUUAGUUCUAUCACUAGAGACAAACUAAUUAAACUACAAUCUCUGUAUAUUGAACAAUAUCGCCAUCUCCAACAUGUAUUUAAGGAAUGUAAGAGAAAAUAUGUCCAUAAUUUAAAAAGAGAGAAGGACACCUGCUGCAAUAUUCACAACCAAAUACGCGAAAAUCCCAAAGAACAGCGGCUGUACAGGAAAUUAAAAGCUUUAAAUAAAUAUCAUAGAACACAAGGUGUUGAAGCCAUACUUAACAAGAGAUUACAUGAUUCACGCGCAAAGAUUACUGAUGGCAUAUUUUCAAAGCCACCCAGUUAUUCUAAGUGUUUGUUCACCGAAGGUGGUGUUAAAUGUGGAGAAAGAACACUUCCUUUGGCAAGACAUUGCAGAAAGCACAUUUUGGAAGAUCAGAAUCAGGUGUUAUUCCGUGCUUGUGGCAAAAAGAAAGCAGAUGUGGAGUGUCAGACCCCAGUUGAGGCAAUUUUUGAAGAUACUUGUUGUAAUCUCCACAUGGACAUACCUCCAAUUAAAUCAUAUUCACAAUUAAGGAAAAAUUCUGAAUCAGAUUAUGAAGACUCUUUUGAAUCACCUGAAAAUUUAUUAAUGGAGACUGUAUCAGAUAAUGUUAAAACAGAAAUAAUAGACUAUAAACCUAAUUUGGAGGAAAUGAAAACGUUGCCAUCAGUUUUGUUUGAAGAGUCUAGUAUGGACGCUAGUGUGAAAAAUGAGGAUAUUGAUGAUGAUAAAACGGGUGAUGAGGAUGUACAAGUAGAAGUUGAUGAUGAACCAAGUCCAGAGGGUAAAUUAGAAAUUGAUUUACCAGAUGAAGACAAUAAAAAUCACGUAAAUUCUGUUACAAAGAUGGAAGAAGAUAGUUCAGAGGAUAAAAAUUCUAUAGAUAAAGUUAUCAGUAACGACAUAUAAUUUAUAGUAAUGAGAGUUUUUGUUACAUGUUUUGUAAUACGUUAACUUUAAUAAAGUUGUUCAAAAUUGAAAAA